CCCAGCAUGCCCUAGACACCAUGAAGCAGUAUGGAAGUAGAGGGGAAGAAUCCAUAACCUCCUUCGCGACUUCAAGCGCCUCCUCCGGGGGAAGGAGGGGGAGCAGUGCCGGCGACAGAGGCUUCCUAAACACGAGUGGAAGCGGUUUGGAUGGAGAUGGUAACCUAGGAGCCCAUCUUGACAGAGAAAGUGGUUUAGGCGACCAUUUUGCUGACACGUGGUAUGGCAGUAGCAAAAAAGAGGACGUUUGGGAUGAUGGGGAGAGUUGUGAAAGCACUGCAGACAGUUUUUAUAGUAAAGGUGGUUGCUACAGUAAUGCAAAUGAUGUUUUAUACACCAGGGAUUGUGGCAAUGAGGAUGGGGUCACUCGUAGAGUCAGAGCAAACUACAACAGUUAUUUACACGUUAGCUGUGAAGCCAAAGCUGAUACGGUUUACAUUAGGGAUGCUAAUGUUAGCCACUUUGCUAAACAAACUAGUUUAUAUAACAGAAGUGAUGGCAGUGUAGAUUACUGCAGAACAGAUUCAAGGGUGAGUGAUAGUUAUUUAGGAAGGGAGGAAGAUUAUGGGUCCAGCAGUGGCUCAGGUGAGGAUCAGCUUCAACCAGCAGAGAUGGAACAGGGACCCUGGCUCAAUUUCUCUCCCAUAAGUCAAACUGGGGAUGGUAGGUGGAGAGGAGGAUCAGACAUCCACACUUUGGCUUCCGGGUGCUUUCCACAGAGAUCGCCUAUAAGCCUCAACAGUGGUACAUACCCUCAGAAACUUGACUCCUUCUCUGAAGCUUUUCUGCAUAAGAAAAGAUUCCCUGUGAUUCCUAAUGCGGAUUCUUCUGGACACUUGUGUGACUUUGGAGUUGGGAAAGGAGAGAGCCCUGGACUGAUCAAGUCAAGGCACAGCUGUGCUUUUGAUUCAGACCCCUACUUGCAACCCUCUUCCACCUCACCAAUUCACCCGUCUUUCCCCUCUCCUCCCACAUCGUCUCAUCUUGUGUGUUCAGUUCUUAGUCCUCCCCCCACGCCUUUACCUCCUCCUUCCCAUUCUCCAUCGAAAAUGGACUCUCCCAGUGCGUUCGGAGGAACCGCACAUUCAGGCUCACAGGGGGGAGAGACACUUGGUGGGCUCCAGUUUUUCGCUUCCAGCCUUCAGCCACCUGUCCACUCUUCCAGGAUGAUAUGGAAGUUUCCACUGCUGUCACAUUGCUUUUCACAGUCAUCAGAUGACCCCAGCAGCAUCGAGGACAACCUAAGAUCAUCCCAUGGUAGUGACUAUGGCAACACCACAGCCUCGCAUGAUAUCCUUCAGUCCCCCGACACAGCGUUCCUCACUUCCUCAUCCCACCGGCCAUCUCUCCAACCAUCCAGAGCACUCUGUCCUUCCAACACCCCAUUCCUUCAUCCCUCCUUGCAGCUUCCCUCUCGCCCCUGUCACCUUUCAGGCCAACACAAUGAAGCGGCACAAAAUAACACUCCUCAUAUGGCGACCCAGAAAGCAAAGAAUGGACCAGUCAGUCUCAGCCAGUCACAGCUGCAGCCACAAUCUACUCCAGCCUACACUGGAACUCCAUUUCCCAGUAUCCUUUACUCCAGCAGGAGUCACAGGAGGAGUCACUACACUCCUCGCCCUCUCCUCAAUCCAGUCCGCAGGGGGACGGGGCUCUACUCCUCCCUGUUAUCUCUCCAUCACAGAGAGGAAGAGAAAGCUUGUGGAAAAGAGGAAGAGGAGUGUAGUGUGUUACCGCGGGUCAACGUGGGUCAUGAUUUCCAGGCAGAGCUUCCUCCGUGCUUUGUGGAAGGACAGCGGUCAAGGGUGUGGUCACCAAAAGAUGAAUCUCCCAGGGAACAGUUGCUGUGGAAACCAUCAAACGAGCUGGAGGAAAGCACCAAUUUACAAGACCAAGUGGGGAAGCUGUUGUUGAUGUGUAGUUCCAGCUGCUUACCAGGAGGGGGCAGUAACAUGGAGCUGGCUCUGCACUGUCUGCACUACUGCCAGGGAAACACAAUGGCCACACUGGAGAUGCUUCUGUUCUUACAGCCUUCAUCAACAGGAGACUACCACUACUCUGGUAGUGAUCUUUGGACGGACAAUGAAAAAAAUCUCUUCAAUGCAGCUCUGGUGACUAAUGGAAAAGACUUUUCAGCCAUACAGAAUAUGGUGAAGACUAAGACCGUGAGCCAGUGUGUUGAGUUUUACUACCUAAGCAAGAGGCUCCUCGACAAGCAGGCGAAACAGAAGGAGGAGGAGAGCAGAGUUAGAGAGACGGAGCAGCAGGAAAGUGCGACACCCAUCUGUCAGCCAGUAGACAGGCAGUUUGGACGAGAGGAGGCGGUUCCUGUUCCCUCAUUGGCCAGCUUCUUCCCCUGCAAACUGUGCGGCAAAAUGUUCUACAAAAUUAAAUCCCGCAACGCUCACAUGAAAAUCCACCGCCAGCCUCAGGAGGAUUGGACCGAUAGGCGGCUGCAGCACCAGCUCCUCACUCAGCGUCUGGCACUCAGUCAUGCCACCAACCUCAUGCCCACACCAGGCAGUAAUCUGCUGCCACCUCAGAGUCCAGCUCUGACCUUUCCCUCCUCUGGCCUCCCUGGAACUUCAAACAGCAACGCAGACAAUGUCCUCAGCACUGUAACCAGUAGCAACUCCAUCACUCCCAGCAAUUCCAGUGUCCUAGAUCCAAGCACGCCUGUAAUAUACAGCAACAUCGGCGCUCCAAACUCUCAUGUAAUGCCCAGCAUUAAUGCCGGUGACUCAAAUCAAAGAGAGCCCACCACUGUGUUACCCUUCCACCAGUCAUGGGGCUCAUUUGGACACAGCCCCGACCCUGCUGCCUUCUACUGCAACCCAGAAGGGAAGGAAGCUGCAGGAACCGAGCCAGGAGGGGGGAAAGAGCCAAUCAACUGGCAGUAGUGUUUAACUCUCCCAAAAGCAUUACCACCACUGAGGUCUGAGACUCUUCAAUGUUUAUUGAAUCUUUAAUUCAAACUCAUUUUGUAUUCAAACUUCAGUACUGGACAGUCUCCAGGUACUUUUUGCAAAUGUUUAUUUUUUUAAUGCAUCUCUUUGUAGUAAAUUGAGAACUUAAAUGUGUUACAUAUUUAAAUUUUUCUUAUGCAUUUGACAUAUGAAUUAAAUGUGUAACCCAAUGCUUGCUUUUGGUGUUUCUGAAUUCAGAACAGUUGACCUACAGUACAAAAGCUCAUGUACGCACACAUUUUUACCUCUUCGGUAUACUUGUCAGGAAGUGAUUGCUCUUGCCCCUUCCCCUAACCUUAAUCAUAUACCUUUCUAACUGUAACCAAAAUCAAUUCUUAACCCUCACGCACCCCUUUUCAAAAAUGUCCUCACUGUCGAGGUCUGAAACUCAAAAUGGUCCUCAUAAAGAUCCAUAAAGCAUCAUCUCCACACCACCACCACCACAUACACACAUCCACAAAGACAGACACACAGCUUGUUAAAAGGAUUUGAUAUAACACCAUAAUGGGCUAAUAUUGACCUUGGUAGACCAUCUCCUCUCUCACAGCUGUCAGAGUACUUGUAUGCCCAGAAUUGACGAGUUGAUGGUUAACUACAGUGAGUGUAUGUGCGUGACUGCGUCCUGGAAUAUGCUGGAAAAGAGCAUAAAGCAGUGGUUAUAUCUGUAUGUGUGAGUGGUAUAAUGGGAAAAAAAAGAAACACAUAAACAUAAAAGAUAAUGAUUUUAGGAUAACAACAGCAUUUCUCAAGGCGGUUCUUUUAUCCCAUAUCUUCAUAAGCACUACUAGCACUAUGCUAGUGAUAACAGUGUGUGUAUAUGGUAUGUAUAAGCAUAUAUAUUGAGCAAUGUGCCCUUCUAGGUAUCUUUAUUAGAUAAAUAUCAACCUCAUUUAUGUGCAUGCGUGUAUGUGUGUGCUUUAUUAUGUGAUUUUAUGCGUAUGUGUGCAUAUGUGUGCAUGUGAGCACAGGGACACAACAACAGGUGUCUAUG